AUGACGAGGAGUAGAGCUGCCGCACUAAACAACAAUAAUAAUGCAGGUGGAGCAAUCAACAACAAUAACAAUAGUAGCAAUGGUAAUGGUCGCGGUGUAGUCAGCAAUCAUGGAAACGGAAGAUCAUCAACAACUACUACCACAACGACCACGAUGCACAAUAGUAAACGACACUCUGCUCCAUCAGCAAUAUCAACGCCGACAUCAACGACAAAGUCUGGCAAUGGAGGUGUGAGCAACCACCACAACCACAACAACAACAAUAUCAAUAGUACGCCAAAUGGCAACUCAUCACUGUCUGAUCUUUACAGUAUAUUACAGAGUAGUUCGGUAACUGGUGGCGCCAGUAGUAGCAGCAACAACAGUAGUAUUAAUAGCACACCAACUAUGCCUGGCAAUCAUCUUAACAACAACAUCAACUCAUCACUGUCACAAAUCCAAUCACUGGCAUCGCUUCAAUCACCAUUCUCAUCGAUGCCCUAUAUCAAUGGCAACAACGGCAACAACAGCAACAACACCAGCUUCAACGGUAGCUCUGGGUCGGGUGGUCACACCUCGUCAUCGUCGACCGACAAGAAGAUCCAGAUGUCUCUGCAACAGCUGCGCGAGUUGAGCAACUCCAAUGUGGCCAGGAGUCCGGCGGCCUCCUUGUCGGCAUCCAAUGGAUCGUCCAAAAACACUACACCAGCGUCAUCGCAGGAGGUCUCUUCACAAGAGUCUACCAUGGCAGCGGCAGCGGCGCCGCCGGCAACCACCGGCCGCGGCAGAGGCAGGAAGAAGAAGGAUUCGAACGGUGCCAGCGAGGGCGCCCCAACCACCACAACCACCUCUACAUCAUCCACUACAACUAAGACUACGAAUGGAGGCACCAACAAGCGCACGAGGAAGGGUACGGCCGCGCCCAAGACAACUGGCACACGAUCAAGGGCAAAGAGCGCGGUGGUACAUGACGAAGACGAAGAAGAGUCUGAGGAGGAGGAAGAAGACGACAGUCCACCAGCAUCAGGAACAAAAUCAAACAAGAAGCAGAAGCCUGACAAAGCAUCAAGAUAUGACAACUCACUUGUGAUGCUGACAAAGAAGUUUGUGGAUCUGGUUCAAAAGUCACCGUAUGGCAUCUUGGACUUGAAGGCAGCAGCUCAAUCGAUUGAGAUCACCAAGCGACGUAUAUACGAUGUGACCUGUGUGCUGGAAGGCGUUGGCCUUAUUGAAAAGAGCUCAAAGAACCAGGUGCAGUGGCGAGGCGUCGACUCACACGUCCACAACAACAUCGACCUGUUGGCCAGCAGCAACAACGAGGCACUCAAGAUGGAGGUCAAGAAGCUCACCGAGAAGGAGGCCGGCAUCGACUCCUCACUCAAGAUUGUCCAGAAGAACAUCCAACAAAUCAUUCAUGAGGCUGCCACAUCAAAGCUGUUCUUUGUAACAUAUGACGACUUGAGAGAAAUAGAGCAGCUGAAGAACGACACAUUGAUCGCGAUCAAAGCGCCAGCUGGCACGAAACUCGAGGUGCCAGACCCAGACGAGGGAAUGAUCAUGCCCAACAGACGCUACCAGAUCUAUCUAAACAAUGAGAACAGCGACCCUAUCGACGUCUUCUUGCUCAGUCAUAAUCAGGUGUCGGACGAGCCGUCCAACCCCGGCCUGAACAACAGCGACAACAGCAACGACGCAAUCUCCAUCCUAGAACAACCGAUUACCACCACUAGCCAGCCCAGCAGCAGUAGCGUUGGCACGGCGCUCAUACCUGCCUUUGGAUCACCGAUCCGAACGACAUCACAUUCAUCAUCACAACCUCAACUCUCAACUGUACAGAUCAACUCACUUCACAGCUUCCAAACGACGCCGACCACCUAUUGGGAACCAAACUCAACAGUGGCCGCCUAUUCACCAUUUGACACCUAUCAUCACCCGCAACAACAACAACAGCAACAGCAACAACAGCAACAUCAAACGACUGUCGCUGGAGUCAUCCCAUCCUCACAAUACUUUGCCGACUCAAUCUACGACUCUACCCAAUCCGACUAUUACUUCAUGGACAGUGUCAUUGAUUCGGAGGGUAUCUCUGAACUGUACACAGACGAGUCAUUCUUAACCCAAUCAUUCGAUGACUUCCAGAAUCAAUCAACUGAUCAGGUUUAA